GGGUCGAGCAACUUAAGAUGCCUGCUGGACAUGCUUCAAAUUUAGGAAAAUGUGUUGAUAUGGAGCAUGGAAAAUUACAUUGUAUGAAAAGUCAUGAUUGUCAUGUCUUCAUGGAAACAUUACUCCCCGUUGCAUUUAGUGGCUUGCCUGAUAGAAUUUGGAAACCUAUGACUGAAAUCAGUUUGUUCUUCAAGGACUUGUGUUCUAAUACGUUAAGGGAAGACAACCUAGUUCAGAUGGAUCAGAAUAUUCCUGUAAUUACGAAUAAGUUGGAGAAGAUUCUUCCACCUGGAUUUUUCGAUGUGAUGGAGCAUCUUCCUGUACAUCUAGUGCAUGAAGCACGCCUUGGAGGUCCGGUUCAAUAUAGAUGGAUGUAUCCUUUUGAGAGGACUAUUGGAAAGUCUAAACGGGGCAUGAAACAAAAUCAUAGAGUUGAAGGCUCAAUGGUUCAAUUCCAUCUUGGUAGGGAGAUAACUAAUUUUGGUUCUUAUUACUUUAAAAGAAGUGUGUCAUGCUUUCAAAAUAGACCCAAUUGCCAUGACGAUGGUGGUGAGACUAUGAAGCCACUAUCAAUCUUCAAUCAACCAGGCAAAGGUUCAAAAAAACGCACAAGGAGGAAUCUUAGUGCCAUUGAGUUGCAGUCUGCAUCUACACAUGUCUUAUUGAAUUGCCCACAAGUUAAACCAUUUGUUGAUUACUUUGUGCAUUUAUAUGGCAAUGAAAGAGUAUUUGAGAAUUUCUCAAAGUGGUUUCAAGAUUACAUUUAUGACACAAAAAAUGGUCAAUUUGACCAAUUUUUGAAGGACAUUUCUUGGGGACCCAUCAAGACUUAUUCAAUGAAUAAGUAUGUUGUUAAUGGUUUUAAAUUCACUACUGAAGAAUACUCCAAAUAUAAAAAAACUAACAAUAGUGGAGUUUGGGUAAAAGGUGGUGAUGGAAAUCUAGAUGGAGUUGAUUAUUAUGGGGUACUCAAGGAGGUUUUGGAAAUGGAGUAUUCCGGUUGGCCUACAAAAAAAAUUAUAUUAUUUAGAUGCAAGUGGUUUGAUCCAACCCCCAAAAGAGGUACGAGAGAAAUCAAACAAUAUAAUAUCAUUGAAGUAAAGCACACAAGGGAAUAUGAAGCUUAUGAUCCUUUUAUUAUUGCACAAAAUGUUAAGCAAGUGUACUAUGUUCCUUAUCCCUUGCGUCCAGAUAAAGCUGAUUGGUGGGUGGUUAUUAAAACCAAACCCAUGGGCCGUGUGGAAGUUGAAAACGUGUUGGAUGUUGCAUACCAAAAUGAUGAUUCAUCAAUUGUUCACCACACCGUCGAUAUUGAAUUAGAAAAUGAUUUAGAGCAUCCUGAACACAUAUUAGAAGAGGUUGAUAUGGAAGAAAUAACAAAUGAAGGGGCAAAUGCAACAAUUCAUGAGGAUGAGUUUGAAGAGUAA